UAAUAUUCUCUCUUAAACCCUUCUUUCCAUUUUGCUUUUUCUUCUAUCUCAUUGACUUUACUUCCACCACUUCAACUCUUUCAAAAAGCUUAACCACAUAACUAAGCAUUGUGAAUAUGUGAUGAUGUUAUAUUAAUUACACAUAAACCAAUAUUAGUGAACUAUAAUAUAUAGUCUUUAUGGAAUCCAAUGGAAUUUUUCCUACUAUAAACAAUGGAUUUAUAGGUGUAGAAAACCCUUCAAAACAACAACAAAAUUCUCAUUCUCACACUUUGCAUCAUCAUCAUCACCAAAUGGUUUCAUAUGAUCAACCUCAUCAAUCAAUAAAACAAACAUACCCUUCUUACUCAUCAAAAACCAUCAAUAAUAACAACAACAACAACAACAAACAAGUCAACCUCAGUGAUGAAGACGAGCCGUGUUUCGGAGCAGAUGAAGCCUCUGGUGGUGACCCAAAGAGAAAAGGAUCACCAUGGCAUAGAAUGAAAUGGACAGACACAAUGGUAAGGCUCUUAAUAAUGGCUGUUUAUUACAUCGGUGACGAAGCGGGUACUUCGGAGAUAGGUGCUGAUAUUAAAAAGAAAGUGAGUGGCUUGUUACAGAAGAAAGGUAAAUGGAAAUCGGUUUCUAAAGGGAUGAUGGAGAAGGGAUACUAUGUUUCGCCACAACAAUGUGAAGACAAGUUCAAUGAUUUGAACAAAAGGUACAAGAGGGUUAAUGAUAUUGUCGGAAAAGGAACAGCUUGUAGGGUUGUUGAGAAUCAAAGCUUGUUGGAUAGUAUGGAUUUGUCGGCGAAACUUAAAGACGAAGCGAGGAAGCUUUUGAAUUCUAAGCACCUUUUCUUUAGAGAAAUGUGUGCUUAUCAUAAUAGUUGUGGCCAUGGGAAUAAUACUUUGCAGCAGCAGCAACAGUCUUCGAAUGAGAAUCAGCCACAACAACAGCAGCAGCAGCAGCAACAGCAGCAACAACAGCAACCUCAGCAGCAGCAGGAGCAACAAUGUUUGCAUUCGUCGAACGGAAUAGGAAUGUUGAAACUGAAAGGAAAAAGCGGAGGAGGAGAAGAGGACGAGGAUGAAGACGAAGAGGAUGAAUGGGAGGAGGAUUCUGAAGAGGAGGAAGAAGAAUCAGGUGAAGAUGAGAAUAAUGAUCAUUUGAGGAAGAAAACAAGGAAGGUUUCGGCUUCGGCUUCGUCAACUGCGAUGAUGCAACAGCUGAGUAGUGAAGUGACAAAUGUGUUGCAAGAUGGAGUGAAGAGUUGUUGGGAGAAGAAGCAGUGGAUGAAGAAGAGGGUUGUGCAGUUGGGAGAAGAACAGAUGAACUAUCAUGUUGAAGGAUUUGAGAUUGAGAAACAAAGGUUGAAAUGGGAGAGGUUUAGUAGUAACAAAGAGAGGGAAAUGGAGAGACAGAAGCUUGAGAAUGAAAGGAAGUGUUUGGAGAUUGAUAGAAUGGUUUUGUUGCUUCGGCAGAAGGAGGUUGAGUUGGAGAAUACUCAGCAGAUGCAGCAACAGCAGCAUUCUUCUACUUAGAGUGGAAGAAAUUUGUGUUUGGAUUUUGUUGUAAUAAGUUAGUUUUUUUUUAUCCAUUAAGUGCAUUAUGAUAAAAAUUGCAUGGAUAUUUGAUGUAUGAGUGUUUGAAUCUGCAAUAACUUUUUUAGCUUAUGCUUUGAAAAAAGAAAAUUGCAUGGAUAUUUGAUGUA